GAAACGUGGGAUAGCUGGUUAAAUUUUUCAUUUUCUUUGUAUUUUAAAGUGUAAUAAAAGACGCUUCUCGAGCAGGGAGGAGGAUAUGGCCGGUGAAGCCGUGGUUACUGUCCGCCUGGUGAGGUCCUUCGAACACAGAAACUUUAAACUUGUUGUUUAUCACGGAGUGAGUUUAGAGCAGACGAUGCAGCAGUUCGCUCAGUACGUCACAGAUGAUAUUGCAACAAGAACAGGUCUUCCGCCUCCAUUCAAGAAGUAUGGUUAUGACACAAUGAAGAUCAUUCACCAAGCACACAGAGCCAAGACAAAUGAGUUGGUGAUGAGUUUAGAUGAUGAUGACAAGCUGAUUCUACAGGACGGUCUGACUCUCAGAGCUGCUGGUGUUGCUAAUGAAACGGAACUUGCUUUUUUCAAGAAAGAAGACUACGAACUCUUUAAAGCCAAUCCCCAAACUGUUUGGUGAUCAAAGUGUUUUUACUUUCUAGGAGUUCUUAAAGGACAAAGGUCAAAGCAUACCAUGAAGAUAGGACAUCAGAAAUGGUGCCAUCAGAUUUACAUUGCAGU